AUCUGCUUCCUCCCACAUAUCUCUUCCUCUCUCUUUCUCUUUUAUUUCCGCUACAAUUGCCACUCAUCCUUCCUACUGACAAUUCAAAAUCACAACUGUAAAAGUUGGAAGAAAAAAAGUCACAGACCGUAUCACACUCCUUUAAACAUGGCCCCAUCUACACGUUCCACAUCCAAGUCACCCGACUCUGUAGUUCAUGACACUUUUCCCGUUCGCGAGUCAAGAGUUGCGCCUACUAUCAGUACAGGCAAUUAUAAUAGUAAUUACCCGAGUACGCCCGGACUCGGAAUCUCACGCACCGAUGCCAGUGUAGACAAUAAUGAAGGACCAGAAGUUGUGAUAAACACAAUCUUCAACUCAGAUUCCGAGGUUGAGACUCAUUCUGAACCUUCAACUCCCAAGUAUGAAGUAAGACUCUUUGGACUAAGUCAAGCUGUGACGUCGGAUCAUUUGAUCAACUUCUUUGCUGCCCAUACCAAGGUCCUAGGUAUACUGAUGCAUGCAACUUCCAACAGCUCUGCCAAUCUACAAUGGGCUCAAGUAUGGGUUCCAUCGGAGGCGGAUGUUGCGAGAUGUCUGGGGUUAAAGGCAUGUUUGGCACCCAGUGGGAUCACUCUUGUGAGAGCACCAUCAACCAAUUUCGCACAAGCUCAAGGCAUUUCGACUGUCACCACACCUGAACUUAAGACUGCUAAUGCGUCUUUCGAGCUCAAGACACCUACUACACCUCUUCUGGCACCACCUGCUCCCUUUAGCUCAGCUUACAAUACUGAUUGCGCUUCUUCCAAUCCUCUGUUUGCGCUCGAUUCUUCCUCUAUUCAGAGCAUGGGCUCUGCACCCAUUUCUACCUCGACAACGGGCUUCAACAUUGCUAGUCUCAGCGAUAGCUUUUCCAGUCUCAAUCUGGGCAUGAAUCUACGGGACAGUUCUGGUCUGGGUUAUAGGCAUGUUGAUCCUCAGGGGCCUUUGCCGAGGAAUCUGUAUGUGAUGGGUUUACCUUUGGAUAUGACCCAGAUCCAGUUCAAAACCUUAUUCACACCGUUCGGCAUGGUCGAGCACUCGACCUUGCUUUCUCAACUGGAUGGAAUGGGACGUAGACGAGGUUUUGUCCUUAUGUCAACUCAUCAAGAGGCGGUGGAAACUAUGCGCGCCAUGAAUGGCACCUGGCAUGGUGGAUUCAAGAUGGAUGUUUCUUGGGCUCUUGUCCAGCGUGAAGCCAAACAUUUCGGAUCUAGCAAUAUUAUGCCGAACCGAGUUGUUCAUCCCCCUACGGUAUCUAUCCGACGCGAAUCCGUGGAAGAAUGUACUGUCGUCGUUGAAAACCUGGACUCUGCCUACUUCCCCGACUCUGCAAGCAUCCGCGAUAUCUUCAAUCACUUUGGCCCUGUGUCCCGUGUCAAUAUUAUCUCUUCCAAUCCAUUUAAAAUUCUGAUUCAAUUCGAUCAUGCAGUAUCCGCUACUGCUCUAGUUGCAGCCAAUGGCCUUAACCUUGGCGGCCGCCCGCUCGUGGCUCGUCGAUAUGUGGGGGCAAUCAACACGCUUGUUCCUACUCUCAACUCGGCCACAGCUGGAUUGCCCCAAUUGGCGUCUAUGACAAUGCCUAUCGCGAGGACUGCAUUUGAUCCUUUCGGCCAGCAGCAGCCCUCUCAGUAUCAGACUCAGUCUCAUGCUCAGCAUUCCCUUUCAUUCCCAUUGCAGGAUCGCACAUCGCCUCUCUCGAGAAUGACAGUCAGAAAGGGCAACGAGCCAUUGGGCUUUGGACAUUGUUUCUCUUAUCUGCAAUCAUUGCCUCAAUUUGAAGUUCAUCAAUCCAAUCCUCCUCAAUCUUUGGCCCGAUCUACGCUGUCUUUCCAGGCUCGGCCCCAGUCUCAGCCUAUCUCGAAUCAGCAAUUCCAACAGCUGCGACAGUCUGACGUAAUGCAGACACAAAAUUGGCAACAGUUUAGUCCUUUUACCACGUUUAUGGAGCCUACCCGAGGAAUGGAUACUAAUCAUCGAUUUGGUUUGGAUGCGAAACCGACAGGAAACAGUCUCAUCGCCAAUAACAACAGCAACGGCAAAGGGAAUGAUAAAUUGGCCUCCUUGGAAUCGAAGCCUUUCGGCACCAAUACUCUGAAAUCUGAUCUUUUUGUGCCUCUCCCUUGGCACCCUGUUGGAGAUAAUAAAAGGCAUAUCAAUGAGGCCCUCAAGGAGACGAACGAUUCGACUACUUUGCAGAAUGUGCCGCUAGGACUGAAUAAGACGGCUGCGAAGACUGGCCUUGGUACUCGGGAUGAGAACAAGCCUCCUAUGACCAAUGCGAUUGGAUCAAUGGCACCGGUGGGCAGCACAGCGGAUUUGGAGUUUGGGGGGCUGGGUGUGAGAGGGAUGCGCGAUCGGUGGCAGGUUUCCCCUGAUUGGUGAUGCAUUUUUUUUUCACUUUUUCCCUUUCCUUGGUUUCUCGACAUGUUCGUCGUAAGACUAGGGAUUUCUGCUGCUCUCACCCACUUUUUAUACCACUCUUCAUCUCUUGCGAGAUCCCUUCUUAUUACGAAUGAUCCUUUCCCUACCCUUACUCGUAUAUCUUGUCGGUUUUUUGUUGUCCGUCGCAUACUCCUAUUACCAUUCUCCUUUAGUAAUCCAUUAUUUAAUCAUGUGCCAUACCAUCUUCAUACGAUUCUUUAUCAAACGAGAUACGACGUGUAUACAAAACCUAGAACUUUUUUUUUUUUUUUUUCUGGAGGAAUUUUUGUGCCAUACUAUGAUACUACUCUACUCGAUAUACAUAUACUUUACAAGUACAGUACCGUGAAUGAUGAAAAAACGGAGAGAAAAGCUAUAUAUAUGUAUGCCUUUUGCAUAAAGAUUCGUGUCAUUCUGCAAGUGAUUUUGUUAUAA